AUGCUCGGACACUAUUUGAGAACCGAAAAGUCUAUAGGAAACGGCACCUUAAUCAACAAACUUCAUGUCACGGAGGCUCUCAAGUCUGAAAAGAAGUGGUAUUUGGCCAUCACGUUCGAUCGCGAAAACUACUGUCCGAUACUCAUCGUGUCCAAACGCGGAGGGCUCGACGUCGAAACGAUAGCAACACAGCAUCCGAAUGAGCUUCAUACAUUCGCGAUUGGGUUCACGGAAGGCAUCACACCAGGAAUCACUAGAAAUGUCUCAAAAUGUCUAGAAGCCUCGGCGAAAGAGGCGGAAGAUCUGGAGGACAUCCUGCGCAGGCUUUACAAGAUUUUUAAAACCAAAGACGCCACUUUUCUCGAGAUCAAGACGCUAGCCAGCUCGUCCGAGGGAGGGCUGACUUGCAUGGAUGCCAGCUUCUCCUUCGACGAUGCCGCAGCCAAGCGGCAAAAGGCGCUUUUCGCAGAGCGCGACACGGAGCAUGAAAUCCCUGAAGAGGUCGAAGCUGAAAAGUACGGGUUGGUCUACGUUCGUAUGGACGGUGAUAUUGGUAACGUGGUCAACGGCGCCGGGCUCGCGAUGGCGACCAACGAUGCCAUUGCGCUGCAUGGAGGCGCUAGUGCCAACUUUCUUGAUGCGGGUGGGCAAGCGACGAAGGAGACCAUGGUCAAGGCCUUUGAGAUUAUUCUGAGGGACCAGAGGGUGAAGACGAUACUCGUCAACAUCUAUGGCGGAAUCACCAGAGGCGACAUGAUUGCAGAGUCUAUUCUUGGUGCGGCGAAAGAGUUGGGUCCGCUUAAAGUCCCCCUGGUGGUUCGACUUCAGGGUACGAACUCUGAGCUGGGGCUGAAAAUUUUGGAGGAGGCAAAUUUGGGAUUACAUACGGAGGCAGAUUUUGGGAAAGCCGCGCAAAAGGCAGUAGAAUUGGCGCGAGAGGCAAAACCGGUGUCUCUGAAUUCGUGA